UGCCACCAGCGUGGAAGCCUUUAGGUUCGAGUUAGAGCUGGAUCGCUGAUCUUCUCUGUCCCUUCAGAUGAUGAUGCUCUCCCUCCCUCUAGCCGUGGCGUCUGGAUUCGUCUUGUACAAGCGCCUCUACCUCGGCGAGGAACAGCGUCAUCUGCAUCCCGGGGAUCGCAUCGCAAGCAAGCCAGCUUCCACCCACCGGGAGCCAACAUCACCUCCGCCGCCACGUCCAUCGUCUGGCCCGUCACAAUGAAUCAGAAUGCUUCUUUCGAAACGACCUCGUCUGUCUAGCCCUUUCUCUGCUCUCGUGUAGCUCGUAGCCUCGGCCGUCGUUGCUCGUGCUCGUAGACU